AGUGUGGAGGCUGAUCACUCACACACUCGCUCCCACAUACAUGCGCUCCCUCUCUCUCUCUCUCUCGCACGCACACACACACACACUCUCAUGCACACACACUCUCUUCUGUGCAGCAUGUCCAGGCUUCCCCAUCUGACUGUCUGCCUGGUUGGAGCCCUACUGCUUAUGCCUUUCUGCCGGGCUCAGGAGAGCGACUUUGAAGAAUAUGACACCACACCAGACUACGACGACGACUUUAAUACCACCAUUGAGUACAGCUUUUUCAGCAACUCGAGCGCUGAUGAGCUGGACAAGUUCCUCCAGGAAGUCGGGGACACGGGAGAUGUGGAGCGAAACACAGAGGUCACCCCGACACAGGAAGUGACCGAGGGAGAGGAGGAGGUAACCGUGGAAAUGGAGGAGGAGGAGGAGGAGGAGGAGGAAACCGUGGAAAUGACCAUCACCAUACCCCCAACCUUAGCUCGCGUCCCCGUGAAAGAUGAGACAUAUAAUUGA